AAAAGAGGAAAAGCCAAUACAGUAAAUGAAUAAAUGUUUUAGGUGAAAGUCCACAAAAGGUGCAUUUAUUCAAUAUUGGGUUUAAAUCUUAUUAAAAACGUUUUCAUGGGGUAAAAUUGAUAAAUUGUUUUACAAGAUGAGUAUUGCAAAAUAAGAUAGCAACUAGGUAAAACCCAGAUCUUUAUCCAUAAAGAUCAUCUACAUAUUUGUGUGGCAAAGAUAUGAUAUUUUUCUGAAAAAGUGCUUUAAUGUCUUUAUUACCUUUCCAGGAACAGCAAAACAGAUUUUUCCAACAGUGGGAAAAGAAAGAUUUUUGACUCAAUAACAUACAUUUUUCAGGAUGUAUUACACCAAGAACUUUGGGAUUUAGGUAAAUGGGAGGCUAUUUAUGGGUCUCUUGGAGCAGCUCUGUGGCGCACUAUUACGCGCCACCGUGGCCAAAGGUUAAAAACAGGCCUGUAAGCCGGUUCUUCUCUGUGUCCAGGUGCUUGACCUUAUAGAAAAGGAGGGGGCGGUAGCUAAAUUAAAACCUGGGGUGGUGUAAGACCCAUUCAGCCAAUCAGAAAUCCUCUCCAGCGUUUAAAGGGAAAGGGGGAGCAGUCUCUCGGGCUUUAUGAGUGAUCUGACUUUAGCAUCUUCACAGUUUUCCCCCACGAGUUCAGAGUUUGGGAGCAAAAACAGUGCAGCUUGGAUGCUUUUUAGGUCGCUCCUCGCUGGUUCCUGCACUUCUCUUCCCUAUUUGUCUGUGGAUGCUGCGCUCCCGCCCCGCCUCACUUGUUGCGCAGAUGCUGCGCGCGCCGCUGACUAUUCAGUGAGGAGAUGAGAGGCUGCAACAGGUGCGCGGAGCAUCUGCUGAAUUGAGAGAAUUCCGUCUCAUUUUUUGAUAUCCUGAUACCGUUUGUUUGGUGUUUGGACUUUGGGUUUAGUUUGUAGAUGCGAGAUUAACGAGAUUUGAAGCGCGCAAAAGACGCAGGAUGCCGGUUCUACCGAGUCUCGACAGUGCCAGCAAGUUUCGGGAAAGCUGGCUGUCGGUGUUCCCGGAGGACCCCUUCACUGACGCUGCCCCUCUGGAUGACAGCCUCACCAGCCUUCACUGGCUCCAGAACUUCUCCAUCCUCAGCGCGGACCCGGAGCGGCCGAACGGUGCCGGACCCGGCUGCCCGUCCUCGCAGCAGCAUCUCUGCAUGAUGAAGCGCCUCGGUUUCCAAAGAGCCGGAACUGACUCCCCGUCCAGCCCUCCCGCCGGGGACACCGCCGCCGCCGGGAUGCCUCUGUAUCCGGGCAGCCCCGUUACGUCCGGGAGCGACUCCAGCGCGUCGCCGCGCUAUCCCAGCUGCGCGCACCCGCAGAUCCAGGCGAGCCCGUCGGCGGAGGUGGACUACAAAACUAACCCCAAGGUCAAGCCUCCGUACUCCUACGCCUCCCUCAUCUGCAUGGCCAUGCAGGCCAGCAAGCAGCCUAAAGUCACUCUGUCCACCAUCUACAACUGGAUCACCCAGAACUUCUGCUACUACAGACACGCGGAGCCCAGCUGGCAGAACUCGAUUCGUCACAACUUGUCCCUCAACAAGUGCUUCAAGAAGGUCCCCCGGCAGAAAGACGAGCCGGGGAAGGGGGGCUUCUGGCAGAUCGAUCCUCAGUACGCCGACAUGUUUGUGAACGGCAUCUUCAAGCGCAGGAGGAUGUCCGCCAACCACUACAGCAGCCCGCAGAGGCACAGCAAACCUGUGCAGGGCUACCACUGCCCCUACCAGGCCAUGGGGGGGAAACGGAAAGACCUGCCUCCUAAAAGCAAGACCCUGAGAGCCACGCAGUCGCCCCUGCUGGCCACGGAGGCCAACACGGCAGACAUCCUGAGUGGGGACUUUGACCUGGCGUCGGUGUUCGAUGAUGUCCUCGGCGGGGGCUGCAGCACCUUUGAGGACUUGGACAUAAACAUGGCGCUGAGCUCGCUGGGAUGCGAGGUGGAAGCGAGGCAGCACCCAGCCGGCGUGGGCCGGUGGUGCGGAGGGGGCGGAGACAUCCUGGGUCAGAGCCAGCUGAUGUCCCAUCAUCAGCUCUACGGCUACCCGGGCCUCGGCGCCGCUCCCGGCAACUGUGCCGUCAGCGCGGGCGAGCUGCCUCCUCAGCUGCACGGCCACCCGGAGCAGCUGAUGCACAGCCACCAGCAGCACUUGGAGGGGCUGUUCUCAGACCAGCCGGCGGAGCUGCCGCUGCAGCCGUGGGAGGAGAUCAAAGAGGAGGCCCAGGCCGUUCCCCUGGACCAGGGCUUCGGCCUGUACGAGGGCUUCUUCACCGAGAUGCAGCCGUGGUAACGAGCGGACCCUAACGCUACCUGUGACUUGGGGCUUUGGAGAAUCUGACCUUUCUGACCCGCCAUCAAACAAAUGCAGUUAUCUUCUCUGGAGGUUCACAGUGGUCAGUGCUUCAGACCUCACUCACGUUUUAACGUUCAAAUCAGAACAAAACGACUCUCAUCCGCCUCACCUGGGCUCAACCUCCACAGAAAAUACCACUUACGGAGAACAUGGACACAAACGAAACCCUGUCUUCUGCCAGAGACUAAAACAAACUUUGGCUUUUCGGUGAUGUUGGAUUUCUCACGACAAAGAAAACACACCAACGUGAGCUCAGACACCGACAUGCAGGCGGCGAGGACUUAUGGGACUUUAAUGUGCUACAUUAGCAUACACUUUUGUACUAACAUGCAGCGAAGUUAUUCCAGCUCCAUUUUUUAAAGACCCGCUCUGAUCAAUUUUUUAAACUGUUUUCAAAACGUUCUCAGUGAUCCUUUAAUUAUGAUGAUGCUGUUUUUAGGCCAAAAAAAAAGGCUGUGUCGUUUUUUAGGACAUAGUUUCUGCAGAUCGGCAGGAGUAAAAAUUCCCCUCCUGUUAAAGCAAAGCAACCCCGCCCCCCUGUCCCAUCACCCAUCUGUUUACGAGUUCUCCUGCUAACUUACAGCCCCUCACAUUCCCCAGUCUAAUAUUAUUAGUGCA